UCAGAUAGUGAGAUAAUGGAGGGUUGCUACACAUCAAACACAACACACACUCACACAACACACACUGUGACACUGAUCUGCAGAAAUACAAAGACUCACAGGCUGCACACGGACACACACAUGGGUGGACGGUAACCUCUGCAGAGGGAGCACACGGGGAGAGAAGUGGCUGCUGGACGGUAACACUUCUCUCUGUGAGUUACCAUCGUCCAUCCUCAGUGAGCAGGUGACAUGUCUCCAAGUUCAGGUGACACAGGGAUGAGGACAGAGAUGGAACCUAUGAGAAAGCAUUUGCUGGCCAUCAGUGUUUUUCAGUGGGUGCUCACCUUCCUUCUAAUGGGAAUCUUUUUCACCGUAGUCCUUGUGUAUAUGCUGUUCACGUCCUUGUGGCUGAUCCCCGUGGUCUACUUCACCUAUCUGCUAAUCGAUUGGGACACUCCAGAAAGAGGCGGCCGUAGAACAGAAUGGGUGCGGAGGUGGACAGUGUGGAAGUAUUUCAGAGACUAUUUCCCUAUAAAGCUGCUGCAGUGCACCCAGCUCAGCCCUGACAGGAACUACGUCCUCGGGUGCCACCCACACGGCAUCUUAUCCACCGCCUCCUUCUGCAACUUUGCCACCGAGGCCAAUGGCUUCUCCGACCUGAAUCCCGGGGUCCGGGCCUGGCUGGCUGUCCUCGCCGGGAUCUUCAGGCUGCCUAUUUACCGUGAUUAUAUCAUGUCUGCAGGAAUAGCUCCUGUAAGUAAGGACAGCUUAAAAUACCUCCUCUCCCGCUGUGGUACAGGAAACGCCGUUUUCAUCGUGGUGGGGGGAGCGGCGGAGUCUCUGCACAGCAAUCCCGGAGAGCACGUAGUGACGCUGAGCGAGAGAAAGGGCUUUGUUAGGCUGGCCCUGGAGAAUGGGGCAGACCUGGUUCCGGUGUAUUCCUUUGGUGAGACCGAUAUCUAUGAGCAGCUGCAUUUCCCGGAGAAUUCGUGGCGCCGGAAGCUGCAGAUCUUCUUCAAGAAUUACAUGGGCUUUGCCCCCUGUCUUUUUAUAGGCACGGGGGUGUUCGGCGAGGGCACGUGGGGUCUCAACCCUUUCCCUCGACCACUUACUACUGUGGUGGGCCGGCCGAUCCGUGUCCCCUGUUGUCCGGUCCCAUCGGAGGACGAGGUGUCGCAGUAUCACAGGCUCUACAUCCAGGGACUGCAGGAUCUUUUCGAUGAAUACAAGAUCUCCUGCGGACUCUCUCCGUCCGACACCCUGCAGAUUGUCUGACCCCCUUUACCCUCUCUGUAGGGAAGAUGAAGAGAUCUUCUGCAGGCAGUAGAAGAAAACGUAAUGUUCUGCGGUUAUUUAUAUGGUAGCUUAUACUGUAUGUGGCAAAUCCAUACAUUUAUUUUACCUGUACUUUGUUAAAUAAGGCUCGUCCUAAUGGUGCCAUAAUGAUAAAUACAGUAAUUAGAGCCCCAGCGGAUCUUUUAAAAUGUGUCAGUCAGUAAUGAAUACACCUGUGAGUUCAACAAGGUGAUCUGGAAAACAUGCACUGUCAGUCCCAAGCACUGGACUUGAGAAGGAUACACUAUAUGAAGGAGUUACUCUUUACCGUGUUGUGUGCAGAUUCUAUUUGAUGGUGUCAAGAUAACUGAAAUAAAAGCCCCUGGUACCCAG